UCCGCAUUCAACAUUCCUGACUCCGAGCGCAGCAGGGAGAGGCGGACUACAGCCUGGGCACUGCUGCUCCUCCAGAUGGCAGAUGGUACCCAGCAGGAGGGGCAUCAGCCCGGAGGGAAUCCCGUCUCUGGCCGGGUUUGCACUUUCCACCUGCGGGGGCGCUGUGCGUUUGGGGAUCGCUGUUGGAACCAGCACCCAGCCCACGGCGCCAUCGAGGGCCGGGCAAGCGGGGCAGAGCUACCUGGCACAGUGAGGGAGGCAGAGGUACCGGGCACGCCGAGCGGGUCAGAGAUACCGGGCACGCCGAGCGGGACGGAGAUACCGGGCACACUGUGCAGGUCAGAGAUACCCCACCUGGGCACAGUGAGUGGGACAGAGGUACCGGGCACGCCGAGCGGGUCAGAGAUACCGGGCACGCCGUGCGGGUCAGAGAUACCCCACCUGGGCACGCCGAGCGGGUCAGAGAUACCGGGCACGCCGAGCGGGUCAGAGGUACCGGGCACGCCAAGCAGGUCAGAGAUACCGGGCACGCCGAGCGGGUCAGAGAUAACCCACCUGGGCACAGUGAGUGGGACAGAGAUACCGGGCACGCCGAGCGGGUCGGAGAUACCGGGCACGCCGAGCGGGUCAGAGAUAUCAGGAUGCCCAGGAGGGGUGGAGGUGCCAUGGCAGAAGGGCAAGAAACCCCCCAUGCGAACAGCGGGUAUGGUGAUCUCCCGCAUCCGCUGGGACCCGGAGCUGCGGCCCGCUGAUUUCACGGUGGGCUACCACGACCGCUUCCUGGGCACGGUGGAGCAGCCCUUUGAGCUGUUCACCUGGGGGGAGCUGGCGGAGGCUGAGCUGGGGGCCUUAGCCAUCCCCCAGCACCGCAUCCAGUACUUCAAGCACCGCGGGCGGCUGGUAUGGGACCGGGCCGCCCGCCUGGACUACGUCUUCGGCUCCACCGGGGGGCGCCUCACCAUCCGGGAGCUCCUGGCCGACGACCAAGGUGGCGCCCAAGAUGGCCGCCGCAGCCCGGACGCCAAUCAGGCCACCGGGGAUCCGGUCUGACGGAGGGGGGGAGGGGCUGUUUCGGGAGGACUGGGCUGGCAGGGAGAGGAAGGGCCGAUGGGUCUGUCUCUGCGUACAAGAAUACGAAUAAAGCCAGUGCUCUCUGACACCCCGCGUGUCCCUCGCGAUUUGAAAUGAACCAUCGCCCCCUUGACGUUCAAUGGCGUUACCAUCCCCCUCUCCCCCCCUCCCACUAUCAACAUCCUGGGGGUUCCCAUUGAGAGAGAAUCUAACCAUCGCCCCCCUUGACGUUCAAUGGUGUUACCGUCACUGAAUCCCCCCUCCCUCCCCCCACUAUCAACAUCCUGGGGGUUCCCAUUGAGAGAGAAUCGAAAAACAGGAGGCGAGAUCAGGCUGUUUGGCCCAUCGAGCUAGCUCCUUCGCGUUCCCCACGUUAACUGGGAGGAGUCUCCAGCCUUGUUGGCGACCCUUCAGCAUUGGAUGGAUCGACCGACUCCCUCAUCCCCCCCACAAACCCCAGCUCGCUGGCCGACGGCAUUUCUCCUGGCCGGUAGAGGGAGAGAGUUCUCCCCUUGACUCUCAGGGCUCGGCCCCGUGUUCCUGUGCCCUCCCGUGCCAUUUCCCAUGUCACACCGCGGGAAAAUGCAGAGGUCGCAUCGUAAACUAUGGGUAAUUUAGCACGGCCAAUCCCCCCACCCUAACCCGCACAUCCCUGGGCACUAUGGGUAAUUUAGCACGGUCAAUCCCACCCUAACCUGCACAUCCCUGGGCACUAUGGGUAAUUUAGAACGGCCAAUCCCCCACCCUAACCUGCACAUCCCUGGGCACUAUGGGUAAUUUAGCACGGCCAAUCCCCCACCCUAACCCGCACAUCCCUGGGCACUAUGGGUAAUUUAGCACGGCCAAUCCCCACCCUAACCUGCACAUCCCUGGGCACUAUGGGUAAUUUAGCACGGCCAAUCCCACACCCUAACCUGCACAUCCCUGGGCACUAUGGGUAAUUUAGCACGGCCAAUCCCCCCACCCUAACCCGCACAUCCCUGGGCACUAUGGGUAAUUUAGCACGGCCAAUCCCAUCCUAACCCGCACAUCCCUGGGCACUAUGGGUAAUUUAGCACGGCCAAUCCCCCACCCUAACCCGCACAUCCCUGUGCACUAUGGGUAAUUUAGCACGGUCAAUCCCCCACCCUAACCUGCACAUCCCUGGGCACUAUGGGUAAUUAAGCACGGCCAAACGAAAACAGCUAAUCUAAAGUUCUGUGCCACCCGGUGGCCUGGAAGUUUGAGCGAGGAGUGGGGAACACCCGGAGAAUCCCAGAGACCUGCUUGGGUCCAGACCCUCGCACGUGCGUCUGGUGCUGCCCUUAAAAUGGCCAACGUUUAGAACGGGGGGAGGCUUGGCGCACUCUG